CCAUCAUUUUCUCUCCCGCGUCGUACAUCUAUCCGUUAACCCUAAACUCUCUCCCCCCCCUCUCUCUCUCUCCUCCCUGUAACUCUUCUCCUCGAAGAAGAAGAGAAAGAGAAGGAAAAGAAAAAGCUUAGAUAGAUAUUCAAAAGAAAGGAGGAAAAACUGUUAUAAACAAGGGUAGGAAGGAAAGUCAACAUUUGUAAAAUGGGGAAACUUCUCUGCGAUCCAACCGCCGUUGCGGAGACAUUUCAAACGUCUUCUCCGACGGUCACUUGGAGGGAGCCUAAGGCCGCCACUCUUGAAGCCGUUGAUCUAGUUGACCAGACCCUCACGGCGGCAGCCGGAACUACCUGGGACGACGUGAUUGGCCUAGAGGACCAACAGAGACGGCAUCUCUCGAAGCUUCACGCUAAGGGGGUCCUUUGGAAGCACCCUAGCGAGCACGGGUCCUCGGUGGUGUUCAGGCUGUCGCAUGGAGGCGAUGUGUCCACGGACGGGAACUGUCUGUUCACAGCCUCGCAAAAGGCCAUGGCGCGUGAGGUCGACGCGCGUGAUUUGAGGAAGCGGACGGUGAAGCGGUUCUUGGAGGAUCUUGGAUCUGCUAAAGAAGAAGAGAGGCAGAUGAUAAAUGAGGUGAUUAAGAAUAUGUACUCUCCAGAUCUGAGAAACGGGUGGGGGGUUCAUGUGGUUCAAGAAGUUAAGUUGUUAGCCAAAAAGGAUGAGCGCGUUGCCUUGGACUCUGCCAUUGAAGAGCUCGUUCAGCUCGGAAUGCAAAGAGAAUUGGUAGCCGAAUCUAUUUACAAAGAGAGAUGUAUUCCUGUGAAUGAUGACUCGAGCUGGGCCAAAUACAUGUCGAUAUCUGGUUCACCUGAUGAUGAAUAUGAUAUCAUCACUUUGCAAUAUACUGAGGAGGGUUUAUUAUCUGUAGAUGAGAAUAGAGAAGGUUGUGCUGCUGCAUUCGGGGAUGACAUUGCCAUCGAAUGUCUUGCAACAGAGUUCAAUCGAGAGAUAUAUGUAGUGCAAGCACAUGGAUCAGAUGCUAUGGUUGAUGAAGACAAUUGUGUUUUCUUCCUUCCGCAUCGUCCAAGGAGUGAAAUAUGCGAACCUCCCUUCUUUUUGUUUAUGAAAGGAACAGGUUGGUGUGGUGCUGGCGCUGAUCAUUACGAACCAUUAAUUGCCCAUGCUUCUUCACUUGUUUCCUCCGAGAAGGUUGCUCUCAUACUGGGGCAAUGAGUUGAGUCCUACAGUUUUGCGGCGGCGUAGAGAUUUAAAGUAGAAGUAGUUCAUUAUUUUCCCCAUUAUUCGGCGUGCAAUGUAAUGUAGUUCUCGCAAUCCUUUUGUAGGGGAAUUUCAUUGCAUUGCAUUGCGCACAGCAUAGCAUAGCAUAGCAAUCUCCUUUGUUUUUUUUUUUUUUGGGGUUAACAUUAUCUGGAACUGGGAAUCCACUGACAUUGUGUUUGCAGGUAUGAUUGAGGCCUGCAGUUUGAGAAAGUGUUAGUGGUUUUUGUAGUGAUUCUGUUUUGAAUAUGCCGGCUUCUGUUGUGUUGUUGUGGUUGAGUUAUGUAGUAGUUGGCGGCAGUUGGUGCUAUUUUGUCCAAGCUGGAAUAGUACCUGCCAGCCUUGUUGUAUCCUACACCUGGACUUUGUUGGAUUUUGCCCCCUCAAUCCUCCAAUUCCAAAUGACCUUAUUUUCGUUCAA